AUGCAACCUAUUACUACCACCUCUGCCCAAGCGGCUCAAAAGAAUAAAUCCUCUGAAAAGAAAGACAAUUAUAUAAUUAAGGGUCUUUUCUGGGACCCUGCCUGUGUUAUUGCUUGA